UAUUGAAGCAAUCUAGAAAUCCCAAAUAUGCUUCCGCCAAACCAAACAAUUCUUUGUAUCAUCAUUCAUUCUUUCUAACUUCGACCAAAACACUCCAUCCAAUACAUGCAAAGACAUGGUUCCCACAACACUUUUUUUCUCACAUAAUGUCAUGAAACGAAGAAUAUUAUUAUGGUGUAUUCUCGACAAAUAAAAUUAAUUUCCACCCUAUUAAAUCACUGUCUAUCCAUAAAAUCAGUCAAAUUCAUUCACGCCCAUCUCAUUAAACUUAAUCUUUCUAAAACCAACACUUUUUUGGGAAAUCGUUUUCUUGAUCUUUACUCAAAACUUGGAACAGUUAAAGAUACCCUUUUAGCCUUUGAUGACAUACGUUACAAAAAUGUGUAUUCUUGGAACAUAUAUAUGCGGGUUUGUAUUGAUUUCGGUGACAUUCAAUGUGCACGCCAAGUGUUUGAUGAAAUGUCUGAACGAGAUGUUGUGAGUUGGAAUACUAUGAUUUAUGGGUAUUUGUCUUGUGGGAUUGGAGAUCAUGCUCUUGGGGUGUUUGCAAAAAUGCAGGCUUUUGGUGUGGUCCCCAGUGAGUACACGUAUUCGAUUGUUUUGUCGUGUGUUCGGUCCGUUUCUCAUGGUAUGGAAAUUCAUUGUGAUAUGAUACGUAAAGGGGUCGGAUUUUCUUCGGUUAUUGUUGGGAAUUCUUUGAUUGAUAUGUAUUGUAAACACGGGUUUGUGGAUUAUGCUUUUCGUGUGUUUAUAUGUAUGAAGGAAGUAGAUAACUUCUCGUGGAACUCGUUAAUUGCAGGCUGUAGUAAAUGGGGUUACGAAGAGAUGGCUUAUAAUCAGUUCUGUAUAAUGAGAAUGGCAAAUUAUUUACCUGAUGCGUUUACUGUAUCUUCGGUCUUGACAGCUUGUUCUAACAUUAAAGACUUGCCAAGGGGUGUACAGAUUUUUGCUUUAUCUAUAAAAUCGGGAUUUUUAUCAAAUACAAUUGUUUCAAGUGCAGCUAUCAACAUGUACUCAAAAUGCGAAAGUAUAAUCGAUUCAAUAUCCAUUUUCGAGGAAGUUAAUAUAUGGGAUUCAGCGGUAUGCAAUUCAAUUAUGUCAAGCCUUGUAAUGCAUCAGCUUGAGGAGAAUGCAAUGCAGAUUUUUGCACGUUCAUUGAAGAAAAACGUUAGGCCAACAGAAUUUACAUUAAGCUGUUUGCUUAGUUGUGCCUGGAUGUUUCAACCAUCUGUGCAAGGGACAAAUUUGCAUGGUUUGGUUGUCAAGUUAGGGUUUGAGUAUGAUCCAGUCGUUUCUAGCUCACUUGUUGAAAUGUAUAGUAAGUGCGGAUUCUUUGAUGCUGCAAAGAUCAUCUUCGAUAAAAUGGAGAUAAAAGAUAUUAUUUCCUGGAACUCAAUGAUUUUAGGCUUUACUUACAAUGGAAAAACAGAGGAAUCUCUUAAACUUUUUGUGGAGUUACUCAAAACAGGGCCGCCGCCAGAUUACAUAACCCUGUUGGGGGUUAUGUUAGCAUGCAAUCAUGGUAGAUUGGUCAAUGAGGGAUUGUCUAUUUUUUGUCUAAUGGAAAACAAGUAUGGGGUCAGACCGACUGACGCACAUUUCACCUGUAUUGUUGUGAUGAUGAUCCAAGCGGGCAAGCUUAAUGAAGCAAUAAACAUAAUAACAAGAAUGCCUAAUGUACUCAAUGGUUAUAUAUGUGAAUUGAUUCUUAGUAUUCGUGGUGUACAAGGAGACUUAGAGUCCAUCGAAAAGGUUGCUGAGAGGUUGAUGGAAUUAGAACCAAUGUCUUCAUUGCCGUAUAUAGUGUUGGGUAAAGCAUAUGAGGUGAGGGGAAGAUGGGAGAGUGUAGCUCGAGUGAAGAAAAUGAUGAAAGAUAAGAAUAUUAGCAAAGUUAUAGGAUGCAGUUGGAUUGGAGUAAAUAGCGGUUUAUUUGUUUUUGAAGAAAAUGAAGUUGUUCAUCACGGUCGGGAGCAUGUAUACUUGACAUUGGGACUACUGAUGCAUGAUAUAGAAAAUGAAGGAUAUAUUUCAACCGUAGAAUUAAGUGGAAGGUGAAACUCCAUGGUGAAUAGAAUGCAGCGAGUCUUGCUCUUCAUAUGUGGAAUGGGAUGACGGAUACAGAGGGUAAAAAGCAAAGGGUGGUUGCAGGAUCGAGUCUCCCCUGCUUAAGAGUGUAAAAACAUAUUCCGGGAUCACGGUAAGAAGUUAUCAUGGCUAUUUAUACAUCAGUUUUGCUAUCAUGUUUAUAAGGGCAUAGCUGAGCUAGGUUAAGAAUCAUUAAAUAUACGAGAAUUUUCAUAUGUAGAUACUAAAUAUUAAUGAAACUUCAAAUUUUGACUGUACCAAUUUGUCCCUUAGUUUCAUUAUAUGGAUUAAAUGAUAGGCAAAAUUGUUAUAAUGAGAAAAACCAAAAUCAGUGAAUAUC